ACGUUACGUCCGCGCGCGCCACUGGACGCGACCAAAUGAAAUAAACAAAAGGAGCAGGAAAUGCUCGUUAGUCGGGAAAAAAGUUGUAUUGCUUCUAUUUGCAGUAGUCAGAUCUUUAUUGCUGAGGAUUACAAAUCUACCGUUUUAAAUUUUUUACUUAAAUAAAAAAAUUGUUUGUUGGGUCUUUGCAACUUUAAGCUGCGCGCGCGAGAGUCCAGCUUUAACGCUCUGCUCUUUGUCGCGUUGUUGGGUUGUUUGUUUGUUUGGAAGUUGCUGUCGAAACAAACGCAGCCGUGUGGGUUUCUUUCGUGGAAACUGGGAAUCUAAACUUCCUGGAUGAGUCCACGCUAACGGCCCGCACCGACCACGCAGCUCUGCUAACCAACGUAGCUGCUAGCUAGCUAGCUAAGUGUUACUUUUCCCCCCCGAAUCUCCACUUUUUUGCCCUUUUGAAGAUGUUUGGUUCAUCGAGAUCCGGAGGCAUCCGUGGAGGCCAAGACCAGUUCAACUGGGAUGAAGUGAAGGUCGAUAAACACAGAGAGAAUUAUCUCGGAAACUCCUUGAUGGCUCCCGUAGGACGAUGGCAGAAAGGGAAAGAUCUGACCUGGUAUGCAAAGGACAAGAAAGGUGGUGCUCCUUUGUCCAAAGAAGAGGAGCUUGCUGCAGUCAGAGCUGCAGAGGAGGAGGCACUGAUGGCUGCCCUAGGCCAUAAGAAUAUAAAGAGACAACCAACAGGGCUUACUAAAGAGGAUCUUGUAGAGGUAUGCCGGAGAGAAGAGGUUGAUGGUGAAGAGAAGGAUGUGGAUCGUAUCUCAGGUUUAGGAAGCUCAAGUGCAGGGUCACGAAAAAUGGUGCUGUCCCAAAAGGAAAAGGAGGCGGCUAAAAUGGGUCUGCAAAUUUUUACACAUCAUAAGACUGAAGGAGGCCAAGAAACAUCAGCAACAACAACACAGAGUUCAGUGAAACAAGAAACUGAAGUCCGACGUGAAAGUAAAAAGAAGAAAAAAGAGAAAAAGAGCAAAAAGGCAAAAAAGGAGAAGAAGAAGAAGAAAAGACAAAGACAGGAUUCUUCCUCUUCAGAGUCAAACGACGACUGCAAAAGACAGAGAAAGGACCACCACCAUCAUCAUAAUCCAUCAUACCGCAGUCAGAGUGGAGCCAAACCCCGUGACAGCCAUUCAAGGGGGGGUGCAAAGGCCGAGCAACAGCCUUCCCACCCCCAUCGUCGGCAUAAGCGACACGACACAGACUCCUCUGAUGGGGGGUCCCCUGCUCGCAGUAACCCCGCCACGCACAAGAAGGCCCCUGCUGAUGCCAAACAAAGCCACAGGCGGCGCCACGACACGGACUCGGACGACUAAUGUCCCCCCCCCCCCCUAACCAAUUAAGGGAUGCAUAAUGUGGGCGGCGUCGUGACCAGCCACGAGAGCCGGGUGUACCUCGGACAAGCACACAGUGGAUGGAGACUAGUCAGUGUGACAGAUGUUGGCCUCAUGGUAAAAUGAAAUCACUAUGAAACGCUGCUGAUGCAGCGGAAACUGCUGUCUGUUAUCUUUUACUUAAUUCAAAUAAAACUACAACCCACUUUGCUUGAA